GACAAUCGGCCGACGGAAGAGGGGCCCGGCGCCCCCCGCAUGCACAUGUGCUAGCCCAGGCAGGAGGGAGCGCCUCCGCAGAGGAGUCCAGCAAGAGGGGGAGAGAGAGGCGCGCCAGAAUCUCGGUCCCGGGCGCCCAGGUCGGCCGCGGAGGAGCUGCAGCCUCCAACAGGAAGCUGUGCGUCUCUGGUAUGCUCUCCACUCUGCUCAUUGACUGAAGGCCCCCGCACCCCAGCUCGGCCAGGAAGCAAAGGUUGGCACCUUUCCAGAGCCAGGCCUCCCGGGAGCACUGCAUGCAAAUUCAGCUGCGGGCCGGUGAGCACUAACCAGAGCUGCAGGCAUGGACUUCGUCAUGAAGCAGGCCCUCGGAGGGGCCACCAAGGACAUGGGGAAGAUGCUGGGGGGAGAGGAGGAGAAGGACCCCGACGCGCAGAAGAAGGAGGAGGAGCGGCAGGAGGCGCUGCGGCAGCAGGAGGAGGAGCGCAAGGCCAAGCACGCGCGCAUGGAGGCGGAGCGCGAGAAGGUCCGGCAGCAGAUCCGAGACAAGUAUGGUCUGAAGAAGAAGGAGGAGAAGGAGGCGGAGGAGAAGGCAGCCUUGGAGCAGCCCUGCGAGGGCAGCCUGACAAGGCCCAAGAAGGCCAUCCCCGCGGGCUGCGGGGACGAGGAGGAAGAGGAGGAGGAGAGCAUCCUGGACACGGUGCUCAAGUACCUGCCUGGGCCGCUGCAGGACAUGUUCAAGAAGUAACCAGCCCUCACGCCCUGUCCCCACGCCACUCAUUACUUUUUUGGGGGAGGGGGGGUCUUUCUUUUCUUUUUAUUCAGUUAAGUCUCAGUUCUGAAGGAGAAAACCUCGGUUGGCCUCUGCCCCCUUCUCUGGCCGGGGGCUCCUGCCCCUCAGCAAUCCUUCCCCCCCCUCCCCGCCCCCCACAUCCCAGGGUAUCCGG